AUGGGAACCUCAUUGUCAUCAAUUAAUAAUUCACGUCACAUAAACAUUCCGAUCCCACAAAACCUUCCAGGUUCUUCCUCUAAUCAACCUUCGUUUCCUUGUAAACAUAUUCAAAGAUAUCUGGAUAUCGAUGGAUGGUGUAAAAAAUGUACUAUGAAAAGUGUUAACACUGGACUUCGGGAUCUUGAUAAAUUGAUUCGUCGCACUCAAUCAAAAUCUACUUCUUGGACUGACCCUUUCUUAGAAUGGAUUCCUUUUGAUAAUUUUCGUGAUAUACACAAAAUCGGUGAAGGUGGUUUCGGUGUUGUCUAUCGAGCUACUUGGAUUCAAGGAAGGAGAAAAAAUAAACUUGAAGGUAAAAAAGGAAGAAAUAAUAAAAUGCAGGAACAUAUGCGCACAAGUCCGAUUAAAGUUACUUUAAAAUGUAUAAAGAAUUCUCAAGAAAUAUCUGAUGAAUACUUAAAACGGUUAAAGAUUUAUUAUAAAUCGAGUCUAAUUCAAUCACGCAAAAGAAUGCAACAACUUCUUAAAUUUUAUGGAAUAUCAUUAGAUCCAUCUACCGGUGAAUAUAUAUUAGUAACUGAAUACGCUGAACAUGGUUCAUUACAUUUAUUAUUACACCGUCAUUUUUCUUCAUUUCGUUGGACUGAAAAAAUCUGGUGGCUUUGUGAUAUUAUAUCAAAUUUGCUUACAUUACAUAAAGCGGGAAUUGUACAUGGGAAUAUACAUUCAGGAAAUGUUUUGCAAAUUGGUGAUUUAGCAAGAGAGACCACUUCAGCUUUAUCAGAUACUGGAUUAAAUUAUCCUGCAAGUUCAUCAUUUCAUGAUGCUGAAAAUUUUAUAACAAAUGUUUAUGGAGUUUUACCUUAUUUAGCUCCUGAAGUAAUUUUAGGAAAAGGAGCAUCAAAGAGAUCAGAUAUUUAUAGUAUUGGAAUAUUAAUGUUCGAAAUAUUAACCGGAAUACCACCUUUCUCACAUCGUCCACAUGAUGAUAAAUUAGCUUUAGAAAUUUGUCAAGGAUUACGACCGGAAUUAGCUGAAGGAACUCCAAAAGUUUAUGGUGAAUUAGCAAAACAUUGUUGUUGUGCUGAUCCUUCUAUGCGUCCUACUGCCAAACAAUUAUUAUAUAUUUUCAAUCAUUGGUGGUCCCUUAUGAACAUGGAUGAUUCUGAAGUCUAUCAAAUUAGAAAUUCAUUUUUAAGUGCUGAUAAGCUUAUUGAUGUAAUUGAGGAAAAGAGAAUUAUGGCCGUUAAAAGUGAAGAAGCAAUUUAUACUAGUAGAUUAUUACAAUUUCAAAAUGUAUUAGAUAGAAGGAAUAUAAGUAAUUAUUCAACAAAUGGUUCUACAACAAAUUAUGAAAGUAUUAAUGAAUCAAUUAAUAGUUCCCAAUUUUUAUUAUUAGAUUUAAAUUUACCUGAUAUCACUAUUGAUCUUUGA